ACCAACGGUCAGCUAUUCCUUUUUAUUAUGGCUCGCUGUCAAUGUCAGCAAGUUGAAGCUGGAGCGCCACAGAAAUGACUUGGAAAGACACAUUUUUGUGGCAGCAAGUCUUCAUCGCCGCAAUAUUGAUUGUGACCUGUGGGGGUACGCCUGAUGCGAAAUGUUCGAAACCACCCGAUGACUUUAUAGGACGAUUUCGAAUUUCGCUCAGACGUGGACGCGAUGUUGAGAUCACAAAAGACGGAAUAUAUGCCACUGGACCAACACCAAAUGUACACGAUGCUACCAAUCUUAAGGGAGGUUAUGCAUUUUGGAUUACAAACAAGAAUCUAACAUUUGAACAAAAAACCUGCACAGAUAAUUGGAUGACAGUUGUAUUUGGGCAAAGCCUAGAAGGUAAUAAAAUGGCGUACCAAUGUCUUCAACUGACAAAAGAUGAAGUACCAGACCAACUCAGAGCAAGAUUUGUAUAUGACGCAUCUAUCACUGCCAAGAAUAAGGCUUCUGUGGAUUGCAACGAUCUUCCUCGCAAAGACCAGCCAAGCGAUGUUUACCCAAGAAACCGUGUUCUAAAAACCAUGUUCACAAAACUUAAGAAAGGACCAAAACGUGUUGAACGAAGCGCUGCCAAAGAAAAACUACUGAUAGAAGAUAUGAAGAAAUGGUGUCAUGCUGCACACAAAGGCACUAAUCCUAAUAGAAAGAAAUGCAAACAAUUAACUCAAAAUGGAAAAGAAUUAGCUUCAAAAUUUGCUGAUCCGGAGCUUCAAAUGAGCUUCUUGUUGUAUCCUAUGAUAUCUAAAGAGUGCUCGCAUCGGAAAAAUUAUAAAAAAUGUGACGCUUUCUUUGCCGAAGUUGGGAAAAAACAAAAUGUCGAGAUACCAAUAGCUUGGUCUAAAAAGGAACUGACAUUUAUUGAACUAUUGAGUCAGCACUGUGCAAGAAAACCAAUUCUGUCCAUCACGGUGAGCAACUGUAUGUUACACCUUAAGAAAACACUGAAAAACGUUUCCAAAGAGAAAGAUCACAUAAAACGUAAGGAUGCUAUCAAAGAAUCAUUUGUUACAAAUUGCAAACCAUCGCCAGAUGCGGAAGGAUGUAGAUGGGACAUUCUAUCUAUAGUGAAGAAGGUCUGGAAUGAUGACCCGGCUAUAAAAGGACUUCCGGAAAAGCGACCAUCACCACUUUUACGGACCGAUACAAAUCCCCUUUUACGAGCCCCUGCAAAUCCUAAUCUCAGAACAGACACCACCACUGCUGGUAGUCCUACUACGGCGCCUAGUGCUGCUAGCCCAACUACAGCGCCAGGUGCGCCUGCUAGCGCAACUACAGCGCCAGAUGCGCCUGCUAGCCCGAACGCGACACUUACGACUGCUAGACCUACCACGGCGAAUGUUAUUCCUAGUAGAGCGCCUAUCACAUCGACCACAACAGACACGGUCGCCAAUGUGCCUCCCGUGGCUAAUGCUCAAAGGAGGGCACCAAAGGGGGUGGUCUUGUAUGGUCUUGCCGGUGGAAUCUCGAUUUUCACUUUGAUGUGUUUUAUAUGUUAUGCAGUGUGUACAUGUGAUUGUGAGAAAAGAAAGAAGAAAGGUGAUGACGUUGAGAAAAUGAUAAACCUGGCCUCCAUCGGGAACCUUGCGAGCAGAAUAUCACAGAAUCGCGGUAGUAAAAUAUCACAGAAUAGCGGUAGUAAAAUAUCAAAGAAUAGCGGUAGUAAAAUAUCACAGAAGGGCUCCAGUAGAAUGUCACAGAUAAACGCGAGUAAAAUGUCACAGAGUGGCGCGAGUAGAAUGUCUCAGAAUAACGCGAGUAGAAUGUCGCAGGGAAACAUAUAUAACCAAGUUGAUACGGGUGAAUAUGAAAAUUAUGACAAUUACGGACUUGUUGAAACAGGAGGCCAAUGGCUUGAUGAGAAUUACAACAACAACGAGGGCAGAAAAGCAAGAAAAUCCAAAAAAUGCUCAAAGAAAGAAAAAUCGCCUAAAUAAUAUGCAAUACACUCCCAUCCAUAUAUUUGGCAUUCUGAAGUCCCCUUUCGGAUGACUUAUCAAUAUGUUUAGCA